CAUAUGUGGAAGGCUGCAGCUGUCGCGAUCGGCCUGCUCUCGAUUGCCUUGAGUGGCUAUCACUCAGGCUAUGUUCAGAUACGUACAUCACUCUCGACAGAUCACUUAUCGGAUGGGGGCGUCGAACGGUGGAGUUGUCGACCAUUUCUCCCUCGCCUCUUCGUUGAGACACCUCCUUCGCCACUCCAGCCUAAGAUCUCACGGGCUGCUGACCGCCUGCAUGCUCACUUCUCUGAGCGAUUCUCCAAAGGGGAUAUAGACAGCCUCUCUGUUGCCGUUGUCACCUCGAAUAAUGUCCUCUUCGAGAAAAAUCACGGAGUGAUGCGAGCAAAUGAAACGGGCUCCCUGCCCACCUACAGCCAUUCCAUGUACCGCAUUGCAUCAGUGGCGAAGAUGUUCAAUGUGCUGGAGGGUUUCAUACUGGAGCAGAAGGGCUUGAUCUCAUGGGAUGACCCGAUCGACAAGUACAUCAAAGACUUCCACUAUGUUGCGACGGGUUUGGAUAGAGCAACCGCACACCAUGCGCCUCCGCUCACCCUUCGUCAGCUCGCCACACACAUGUCUGGGUUGGGUAGGGAUUGGCCUCCAGGGACAGUCCCCGGAUGGCCCCACGACAUGCGUGGCAUGGGACCCCCACCGACGAAUGGCCUCCCUUUCCCUUCCUACGAUGCCUUACUCGCUUCGAUUUCCAAGCACCAUCUCACCUCGCCUCCUGGCGCGUAUCCUGCGUAUUCGAACGCAGGUACGGCCCUCCUUGCUUACGCACUUGCCAUCGCAAGUGCUACAGCUGAUGGCAAGACGGGGAAGAUCAGCUACGCAGACCUCGUGAAGCGCGAUAUCUUCGGCCCUCUUGGCAUGAACGGCAGCCACUUCCUAGCCACGGAAGCCAACAGGCACCUUGUCGUCGUUCCUUCCCUCGCCCCUGAGGUUGCGGACCAGGACUUCCUGGACGCGAUGAACCCUGCGGCUGGACAGUUCUCUUCUCUCGCGGACCUCAUCACCGUGACGCAAACAUUGCUGAACCCGCGUCACCCGAAGAGUCUCCUGACGCCCUACUCUCUGGAUACCUGGUUCCAUACCGCGCACGCUUUCGAGGAGGACGACUGGACCGAGAUGGGCUUUAUUUGGGAGAUCGUCAAGGCGCGCGACUCGAAUGGCCGUUUACGGAAGAUAUACUGGAAGCUAGGCGCGAUGGCUGGCUAUCAUGCCGCCUUAGCCAUACACCCCGGGACGGGCUACGGCGUCAUCGUCCUGAUGACCGGUCAUUACCCCGACGCCGCAAAGCUUGCGUACGAUACCUUCGAGAUUUUCCAGCCAGCAAUUGAUCAGGCCCUUGCUGAGCUGGCGGCCGAGCUAUACGUGGGCGAAUGGUAUGAUGUCCACGGCAGCGAGGAACAGCCUUCGUCUGCGCGCAUCGUGAUAGACAAGGGCACGUUAUAUAUCAAGAGUCUGAAGCUCCUCGGUGUCGAUGCGCUUAGGAACUUUGGGGCGCCUGGGCGGCUCGCCCUCCGUUCGAGCCAGCGUCGGGACGAGUUCAGGAUCGACACCGGUAUCCCCGGAUACAAUGGACAAAAGCAUAUGGGCUGCUACCCGUAUUGGAAUGGGCAGGACCUCUGGGGUGUUCGGCAGAAUGCUGCUGUGAACGCGAUUUACUUCUCGGGAGAUCGGGAGGGGCGAUUACUUCACGUCCCUUCCCUUUCAAUCGCCAUGACCCGGAAAUGAUGCGUCCGAAGUGUUCCCCUGAUCAUAUGUAGAUUAAUGUAAC